CACGGUAAGAACGUCGCACCGCGUAACUGAAAGGUGGCGAUCAUCUGUUCAUGUCGAUGACCCUGCUUGCGACUUUCUUCCUGCUCAACAACUUCUACACCAUGACCGAAUACUGGGUAUCUAAGAAGCAAUACUGGUGCAAAUAUUGUUCUAUCUACAUUCGGGAUGAUGCUCCGUCACGCAAGCUACACGAGACUGGGCUAAAGCAUCAAGGCAAUAAGGAAAGAUACAUACGUGAUCUCUACAAGUCCGGAAAUCAGGCAAAGCGGGAGAAGGCCGCAGAAGCAGCCCAGAUAGCCAGAAUCGAGGCGUCUGCCGAAGCCGCAUACGCGCAUGAUGCGCAUGCGUCCUCCUCACGGAUCCGACUUCAUCCUACGGCAACAUUUGCCCCGCCAUCGGCUUCUCGUAAGACCGACAAACCCAAGGACAAGUGGGCAAAUUACACUUCCGCCAAAGAUCUAGGCUUUGACGAUGAGGACACCCAGAAAUCCUCCUAUCAGAUUGAGCAAGAAUUGAAGGGCCGAGCAGGCGAAGUUGGUGCAUGGGAGGACGUGGUAGAAGCUGCUCCUGGGCACACUCUGCAGGCCACGCGCAGUCUGGCCCAUUCUAAUGCGGACAGUGAUGACGAGGGUGAAGGUUUCAAGUUUUCACAUCGUGAAAAGAGACCUUGGCACGAUGUGUACGAUGAGGGUGAAUGGGAUCCGAAAGCUGCUCUCAGUAGUCUCAAGCUCAAGAAGCAGGACAAGAGUGAUGGUGUCAAAAUGGAGGAGCAGAAUGGACUGGACCGAAAGGGCUGGGACGGCAAAAUAGAACUACAGGGGCAUCACUUGUCCAGCGUAAAGGCGCAGCCUGAAGAUAAGCACGAGACACUGGAUGCAGAGCCGGACGUGAAGCCCGAAAUACCGGCGGCAGAGAAUGCGGGCUCUAGCCUGUUCAAGAAACGGCGUCCAGUACAACAUCGGCAGAAGUGAUAUGCAUC